AUGGCCUCUCCUCCGAAACUGCCGUGUCGGUUAGGUGCCUUGAUCAAUUUCAUCCCUCUGAACGAAGAAUCGCCAAUGUCAACUCGUGGCCAGCGGCUGCCCGACAUACUUCAUCAACGAUCUAGCUUGACUUUCGGUCUUCGUGAGCGCAGAAGCUCAUGCACCAGAUCUGAUGAUGAAGCCAGGGGACCGCGCGACGAAGUGCACCGAUUAUGGCUAGGGGAUAUUGACCUACGAAGAAUGGGCUCUGUGCAUGAGAUCUUGAUGACUCCGCAGAUGAGAAGCAUGAGGUUGAUUGGGAACAGUAAUCCCAGGUACAAAUGGCAGCAAUAUUACAAAACGAAGGAGGAGCUCCAGAGCAUGAAGAAGCCCAUUCGAAAGUACUAUGAGCGGAAUAAUUUCCUAAUUACGCAAUACCUCUAUAUCGACAGGUUGCUGGACUCCUCGUUGCCGCAUUCGUUGAUACAAGAAUACAAUCAGCCAGCAAGUAUAGGGGUGCAUGUACCUCAGACCAUAUCAGAGGAGCCGCAAUCCGCACGUACCAACCAGUCCUCACAGGAUGGAAUGCUGAGUCCGAUCAUGAGUGGAGACACACAGGGACGGGUGAAGAGGACGCCAAAGAAUCUGUAUAAGCUCUCGGAUGAGAGCACACCGUUAUUGGGGGACAAUGAGUCGUAUCCAGAUAUCUGCUACGAUGAAGACGAGGGCGUCGACAGUGGAAGUCCUAUUGUGACUGUAGCCCUCUACAUCAACCUGACAGCCAACUUUGUCCUCCUCGUAGGCAAGAUUGCGGUCAUUGUAUUGACCUCUUCUCUCUCCGUCCUCGCCAGUUUAGUGGAUGCGGCGUUGGACUUCCUCAGCACCGCAAUCGUCUGGGUCACAACCAAGCUCAUUGCCCGACAGGAUCAAUACGCAUAUCCCAUUGGGAGGCGAAGACUCGAACCAGUCGGGGUGCUCGUCUUCUCGGUCAUCAUGAUUACAUCUUUCUUUCAGGUCGCGUUGGAGUGUUUCAGUCGCUUGACCUCUGGAGAUCACAGCGUUGUCGAGCUUGGGACACCGGCAAUCUGUAUCAUGGUAGGCACCGUGGUUAUCAAGGGCUUUUGCUGGAUAUGGUGUCGCCUGAUCAAGAACUCUAGUGUGCAGGCACUUGCUCAAGACGCCAUGACUGAUGUGGUGUUUAAUACCUUCAGCAUCAUUUUUCCUCUGGUUGGAUUCUACGCCAACAUAUGGUGGCUGGAUGCUCUCGGUGGCCUUCUUCUAAGCUUCUACGUCAUGUUUAACUGGGCAUCCACUUCGUCGGAGCACAUCCGAAAUCUGACGGGGGCUGCUGCCACGGCUGAUCAAAGGAACGUGCUCCUCUACCUUACCAUGCGCUUCGCAAAGUCAAUCAAGUACAUCCAAGGCUUACAAGCCUACCAUGCAGGCGACAAACUGAACGUGGAGGUAGAUAUCGUGCUAGACGAAGACACAAGUCUCAAGGAUAGUCACGAUUUGAGUGAAAGCUUGCAGUAUGUUUUAGAGAGCGUGCCGACAGUGGAUCGAGCCUUCGUUCAUACGGAUUACUUGGCUGUAAACUUGCCUAGUCACAUGAACCAGCAGGAAUGA